AUGUUUCUAGACUGUGGAUCGCCUGUUCCUACUGCAAAAUCAACAGUUACGUACGGCGAGACCAAAGUCGGUAGCAAGGCGCUUGUGGAUUGUACAAUCGGAUAUGAGAUAAACAGUACCACUGAUACGAUGACGUGUAGACAGAACGGCACUUGGGGUCCGGAAAUCACGUGCUUUAAAACAGGAUGCAACGACCUUCCAGAUAUAAACAACGGCAAAUACACUUUCUACGCCGACAAAAUCCGAAACAAAACAACGGUCACGUUGGCGUGCAACAAUGGGUACACUUUGUCCGGGGUCGACUCGUCUGUUUGCGAUGAGUCCUGGAGUCAAAUCGGGAUAUGUGAAAAAAUAAGAUGUCCUACUGGGGAUUUCAUGACAAUUCCAAACGGGGCAAUCACACUUAACGCGAAAGACGUCAACGACUACGGAUCCACGGCUAUGGUUGCGUGUAACGUCGGGUACGUCUUAAUGGGAGAAUCCAUCACAACAUGUCAAGCGGAUAAGACGUGGAGUGCGCAUGGAUCGUGUGAAAAAUGCACCAAUUCAGUGGAACGUGCUGGCGAUUAUCCACAGGCAUAUACCAUUGCCGGCGCUACUGUAGGAGGACUUAUCGUCGGAAUUAUCGGUGGCGUCGGUUCGAUGGUUGUCUACACGAGACGGAAAUCUAAUGUACCCAAAUCCGGUUCUAAAACACCGCAGAUAGCUUAUGAAAGUCGUUCUCCUGCUCAGCGUGGAAAUAAAAGCGGCCAGAGCCCAAUGACGGAUCGACAACCAAAGAACGAAAAACGACAGAGAAGCACGUAUGUAAAAUGUGUCCAUUGAUAGAGAACGCCUGUUAAGUGUGCACUAUCAGGAAGACAAAUUAUGUUUAACUCCUCAAAUGUGCAAAGCUGACUCGCUUGUUUAUUCAAGAGAUACACAGCCUCACGGCUCUACAAUAAAUGAAAUCUACUUCAGCUUUUAGAAUAAUGCUUUUCGAGUGCAAGUCAAUUGAAGCGGUUCGUUUAAAAGUUUGUCUAUGACAAUCUAGUUCCGAAGAGCGCAAUCAUACAUAGUUUGAUCUCAGUUUCACUCAAUGAAUAGAAUAAUUUAAUGCCGUAUAUAAAUGAUUUUUUUUUCUAUUUCCUCGUCGAACAAGUAAUCCUGCAAUGUUUUAAACUGUUACCGGUGAAUAUUUCGAACUGUUUACCGGUCAAUAGUUUGAACUGUUGCCCGCUCGUGAUUUUUCGAAAUUUGAUCAGGUAAUAAAACAGUUAUUUCACGGAUGCUUGGUGAACAGUCAAAACUGUUGUCCCUCUGUAUCAGGGCUGACAUGUGGAACUGUUGCACUCGGACUAUCGGCCUCGGGCAACAGUCCCAAAGUCAUCCCUGAUACCUUGGGACAACAGUUUGACUAUUCACCGCGCAUCCAUGAAAUAACGGUAUAUUUAUGUUUAUUUUGACAUUCAGCAAGAGAUUUUAAAGAAGAAGCUCUGCCGUUCAAAUAUACCAUUUUUAAUUCUGUACUGUGAAGUUGAUUAACGUUUUAAUACAUGUCAGUGACUGUUCUA